GGGGGGGGGGGGGGGUUUCCAUCGGGUUGAGGUAGAUCCGAGUCUGUCUAGCAGACUAGACGUAGAGCUACCCCUUUUAGAGUUCACCUCGGCAGCAGCAGCUAGCAGCGCUGGCAGCGGUGCCAGAAGCCAGUGCUGAUGUGGUGGAAAAACAGAGCACAUGGGAAAGGAAUUUUGAAGGAAAUACAUAGCGCUGGAGGUGGAAGGGGUGGAGGAGCGAGCAGCGAGGCUGUCUGCCUACGAGACAAGAGGCCCCCGUGUAAAGCGGAGAGAGUCGGGGCGGUGGUGGUGGUGGUGGUGGUGGUGGUACUUAGGGUGGGGGCCCCUUCUUUUUCCUUCCCCCAUGGCGUUUCGAGAGCCCUCCCUGGAAGGAGCAGCUCUACGGGUCUCCCCCCACUAAUUGACACAAUCCUUCUGUAACAGCCUCCAUCCCUUGCCAAAGUCGCCCUCGAGGAAUGUCGCUCUCUUUCCCAUCCGUACAUGUGUGCGUACGUUUGUGCGUACGUUCGUGCGUGCGCGCUAGCUCCCCUACGUUGUGCGUCAUGGAGAUUGCUCUGUGUUUGUGACGUGACCUCAGAGGACCACAUGAUUUCCCAUGUUUGGGCCUGCAAACACGCUGGAAAACUUACAAAGGUUUCGAAAAAGGAAAGUACUUUGGAAAACACACUGAAUGGGGCGACAUUGUAUGAAAGAAGAUUUUCAUUUGGAGAGGUUUCCCGGUGAAAGUUGAAACAUCUUGAAAGCCAGAAGAAGUCCAUUUAGUCAUAACUUAGACUGUAGUCAAAGACCAGGAUGAAUGUCAAACUUCCCACACAUGUUUAAAAAAAAACCACAUAGUGACACUGUUUAUAACCGUCAUGAAUCAUAAUGCUGUCCUACAGUCAUCUCCAGCAUUUGAGCACAUUGUAAUCACUGCAGUGGGUUUGUGUUGUCAACACAAAUAUUGUGGAUCAUGUGUUGGGUCAUGAUGGCGUUUGGUCAUAGCGGCGUGUUCAGAGCCCUCUAUGGGCUUCCCCGUGUGCAUCUCUGCUGAUGUAAGACGUCCAACAGAGUCCCGUGGCGAGGAAGGGAAGGGGAACCUGAGCGGCUCAUUAUGGGAUGAAUCAUCCAACAUGAAUGCAGCCCUUUUUCUCUCCUUCUCUCUCUCUCUCUCUCUCUCUCUCUCUCUCUCUCUCUCUCUCUCUCUCUCUCUCUCUCUCACUCACUCUCACACACACACACACAGAUGCACAGCAUCUCUUUGGUCUACUGUAGCAUUUUACAUACUACUGUGUGUGUGCACGCAUGUGUGUGUUUUGCCUUUUGAGGAUCCUCACCCCAACAGUCAUCAGCCCAGUCAUGUCAAAACCGUUACAAACCCUGCCUGUACCUCCAGUGUGGUUAACAAAAGUUAAACCACAGCAGUGUUGACAAAACUCACUCUCUCUCUCACUCACUCUCUCUCUCUCUCUCUCUCUCUCUCUCUCUCUCUCUCUCUCUCUCUAUCACACACACACUGUGAUCGCACAUGUUAAGUGCCCAAGCAGCAGCAGCAGCGUCACAAGAGUGCAAUACUGUGCAAUAUAAUUCAGCGCGUCACUAAUACCUCUUCGUACCGGAUUUCAUUAAGAAGUCUGAAGUAAAGGGGGUUUGAUUUAUAAUUACCCCUCCGCCACUUGUGUGUAGUUCCUUGUUCUUAUUCAGUUGCGCCGCACAAUCUAUUUUAAUCUUGUGGAGUCACUGUACCAAAAUAGCACACAGUCAGCUCAGGGGAGAAUGGAGAGAGGAAAGAAAACUCUUGCGUAGUAGUACAGGAGGACUAAGCCACGUCUACGACACAAUCCCGGUGUGCCGGAACAGAGAGAGGGAGAGGGAGAAAGUGUGGCUUACGGCUGAGGCGGUAGUGUUUAGCUUCCUAAUGAGGUAUCACUUAUCGCAUUUCCACUCAAAUUGUGUCGCUGGCAGAAUUUUGUGUCAGCACACGGGGUCUAAAUAUAACCAGGGAGAGAGUUAAAUAAGGGCAUGGAGCGAGCCAGGAAAGCCCGCCUGAAAUAGGAUCCGGCCAGCUCCAAGGGCCCCUGUCCUGAACCUGAUAGAGUGCAUUGUCUAAAUGCUAGAAUACAACAGUGACUGUGUAAGGGAAACUAUUCGUCUGUGAUACUUGACCUACUGGAAUUUUCCACAUAUCUGCCACCGCGAGACAUUAAAAGCUACAGCAUUACCGUCUCGGGCUGCCUUUGCCUUUUAAAGGUUUGUCCGGUCGGUCUGUAGGCCUGAGCAUUUCUCCGCCUCAGGUGUCCAUUAUCAGUUUCUGUUGCUCAUUCAUAAACCUAUCCUUUUAUUAUCAUAUUAUUUGGUAUUAUUUAUCCUCACCAUCUAUUUCAAGUACUUGUGUUGGCUUUAAGGUUUUUUUGUGUACCAUCUUUGAACAAUGUUUCCUAAUCAGGGCCUCACCAAGUUCCUAAUUUCUCGUCUUUUCACUUCCUUGGCCUGUAUUUCAAGAUGAACUCAUAACAGCUUUGGGUAUCCUAUUGCCCGCUCUGUGACCCCAGCAAGUUUGAAGUAGAGAAGGAAAUGCUUACAUGUUGGACCCUUUUAAUGAUCUCUUAGGAGACGCUUGAAUCACCUUGGAUGGUUUACAACUAGGGUUGUCGAGAGGCAACAUUGUUUAAACAGAGGAACCACCCACCUAAAUAAACAGUGUACGUAAGUUGCGUGGAAGUUUGGUUUCAUCUUUCUGCGUGUGUGUGCUCAGCUCACCCACUGAUAACUACUUCCCUUUGAAUCACAUGUGCGUAGAACACAAAGCUGUAGGCUAUGCAGCACAAUCACAUCUAUUUAAGGUCAGUCAGGCCUUCAUGAAUAUUUCCAAGCUAUGUUGGUCGAGCAGCAUUUCUCUCUUUCAUGUGACCACCCUGUUAUCUGCUGACCCCCUCCCCAUUCUCUCUCUCUCUCUCUCUCUCUCUCUCUCGUCCACACAUCUUGCCACUUGUGUAGUUUCCACACCAUGUGUGUGGCAAGUCAGGAUUAUGAAUGAAGCUUGUUUACCAUUCGGGCCCUUGCCAUGUGACUCUUUACUCCCACACCCAUUUGCGGAGUGUCGCCAUGGCAGCAGCCUUGUGCAGAGUUCACGGGGGUGCUCGCUAGCUGACGCUGUCAAAUGGUUCCUGAAAUGGUGCCUGGGGACAACGUGCCUUUUCACGCGCGCUCAGGGAGACGCUUGCUUUUUGGCCGUGGUGGAAGCGCUCGCGCACUCUCUCUCGCGCUCUCUCUCUCUCUCUCUCUCUCUCUCUCUCUCUCUCUCUCUCUCUCUCUCUCUCUCUCUCUCUCUCUCUCCUAGUAACGCAGGCCUACGUAGGUUAUACGGAUUUGCCUCUCAGCCGGAAAAAAGUGCCGUGGCAAAAAUAGCCCGCGAGUUUGAAUAGCUAAGAGAUCAGACAAAGCCCCAUGGCGCGGCUGACCCGUUUCUAUUAUUGCUCCCUUACAACGGUCUAGUGAACUACUUUGAGAGAGUGCUCCCUCAGCAAGUAAACAAGGGCUGCCCUUGUCUGACUGGCAUUUCGUGAGCGGCUACUGACCUCUCCUGGCCGCCAUGUGUAAGUGCGCCAGGUUUUAUUUAUAAAUGUGGAAUUCCUGGUAAACACCUCAGUCAGCUGAACUGUCAAGCGCUUUGAAUGCCAUGUUGGUCGACGCACUGCUCGUGUGCUUCAUAGAAAUGUGUAAGAGAGCGCCGUUAACUCUUGACAGUUGAAGGCUGUAACCAAUCAGGCAGAGAAUUUUACCUUGACGUGUGUCUCUUUCUCUCUCCAUUUUCUCUUCCUCUUUCUAGUCAGCAUUUUUGGAGGACCUGGGCCAGUUGUGUUUAUGCAGGGCAUGACGACUAAUUUUAAAGCCAGCAAAGCUUUAAAGGUAAAGAAGGAGGCGGGCGAGAAUGCGCCGGUGCUCAGCGACGACGAGCUGGUGGCCAUGACGGUGCGCGAGCUCAACCAGCACCUGCGCGGCCUGACCAAGGAGGACGUGGUGAAGCUGAAGCAGCGGCGCCGCACGCUCAAGAACCGCGGCUAUGCCGCCAGCUGCCGCAUCAAGCGCGUCACACAGAAGGAGGAGCUGGAGCGCCAGAAGCAGGACCUGCAGCUGGAGGUGGACAAGCUGGCGCGCGAGAACGCCAGCAUGCGGCUGGAGCUGGAUGCUCUGCGCGCCAAGUACGAGGCGCUGCAGUGCUUCGCCCGGACUGUCACCCGCGCCGGGGUCACCGGAGCCGGGGGUGGCAUCGGGGUCAUGGGCGGCAAGCUGCCCGGGGGGUUCGGGGCCGCCGCCACCAGCGUCAUCACCAUCGUCAAGUCGUCGAACAACCACGGCAGCCCGCCGCCGGCCACCCCCUUCUCGGCACCGUCCUAGUGGCUGCCUCCCAGGACCGGACCACCGGAUUGGAUUGGAUUGGAUUGGGCUGGACUGGACCGGGGCUUGUGUGGUUGGGCUGGUAUGAUGUGGUGUGGGAACAGGUGGAGGACCGUUUGUGUAUAGAAUGCGAGUGUGUGUGUGUGUAUGUGUGCACAGACGGUCCACGAGGUCUUCUUUUUAUUGUGUUUGUCUCUUUUCUGUGUUCACUUCCUGGGCUCUGUCCCAAAUGUUCACUUGUUCUGUGAGGAACAAAGCGAUGCAACAUUUUGGACAAUUCGGCCUUGGUCUUCUGUCUACCAAGUACUGAACCCCAAAAUGAACCAGCAGUGGUCUGGAUCCUGCCCAAGCUCCCCGACCGCCCCACCAUGACCCCCCCCCCCCCC